UGCUGUGCAGUCAGUAUUCAUCCGCCGGCCAUCUUUCCACCUCGUCUGCUGUCAGGACCUUUGUUGGAAUAACUGACGACAUAAAGUUUAUUUCAUCUAGAGGAGCGCAUUAAGUGUUGGCAACACCGACUAUGUAUUUUUAUCUGGAGACAAUGGAGGAUUUGGACCGAAUUAUGCGCUUCAUUUUGGGUUUUGUCGACCAGAACAUUUCUGACGACAGAAGCAACGGGAGGCGGGGCUUCUUUGCUGGCUUCCCCGACUCCCACUGCUUAUAUUAUUCUGAUCAGGACAGGACAGCUUUAUUACCGAUACUAACCUGACGCUGGUCCGCAACUAUCACAAGAUCAGACAUGACGUGCGAAAAAAAGUUUUACAGUCUGCUGGUUGUAGUUGUGGUUUUGGAUCUGGUUUCAGGCCUCAGCCUGGUCACCAGCAGCUCCCAGAAUCUUGAGAGCAAGGCCAACUACAGCUGCUACAGCUGCCCUUUGUCAGAGGCUCAAUCCAUCGAUACGGUGUACAACAAGCAUAUCAGCAAUGGAGACUUCUGGUACCGAAAUGGUUCAGUGUUGGCUUCCUGCGACUUCUCGUCCAUUUACGCAUCAAAACGUAAAUGUUCUGUUUGCGUCAAAUGGUCAGAAACCGUCGUCAUGGUUUUAUGCAACUUGACAAGCGGGGAGGAGCUGUUAUUCGAGGGUCAACAUGGAGACAUCAGCUUCAACAAGACCAACUGCCCUCAACCCGAACCCCUCAACCUCUUUGAACCCAGCCUUUCUGAAAGAGACGCCACUGAAACAAACAGAGGAAGUGAAGGUCCUCUCAUUUUGGCGGGCUGUUUACUUGCUGUCCUCUUCAUCGGCCUCAUCAUCAUGAUCAUCAUAAUAAAAUCCCAGAAGACUCCAGUUGAUGCAUCCAGGACCAACUCAUCUGAUCCAGGAAAUGGACCUGGUGUUUAAACGACCACUUCCUGAGCCUGAAGGUCUUUAGUUGAUAUCAUGGAUCAUCAUCAUCAUCAUCUGUUGUUUUCUACGUUUCUAAUGUUUUUUUAUCAUGCACUGAAGACUUUGCUCCCUGUUUGCAUAUUUUACCCAGUCUGCAGUGAUAUGCAGAAUACGAUGAGCCAUAGAAGGUAGAUUAACCAGUUUCCUCCCUUCGCCACUCUCACUGCACCAAACCAAAUGUUGCUUCUUUUUUUUUAAUUUUGAGUAGUUUUUUAUACACCAGUAACAGGGGUGAUGAAGACGGGUUAAAGAUCUCUUUGGUGAAAUGAUUGACAGCAUUAUGGUCUGAACAUGAACUCAGUCUGAGGUCAAGGGUCAAACUGUAAACAUGAUUUAUUUUUAGGGUUUCUAAAACUCCUGCAAUAUGAUUUAAACCAAGUAUAUGGUACAUAUACAGUAUGUGUGUACAGAAAUGUGCAAAGUAUUUUUUAAUGCUCAUUACGAUAAUCACUUUCUAAAGAUUCUUAUUUUUACUCUUGCUCUUUUCAACUGUAGCUAUUUUAUAUUAGGGCUGCACCGAUUGCACUUUUCUGGCCGAUCACAGAUCUUUAAAAAGCCUGAUCUGUUGUUUCUGAUUUUGGCCAAUAU